CAAUAACUGUUUAGAUAGAGGAAAAUUUUUAUUAUCAUAUUUUAGUUGACAAUGGUCGAUUCACAAAAAGAAUCUUCGCAAAAUGCAGAAAAAAGCCAGAAACCUAGAGAAAAAACAGUUCUUCGACAUAGUCUUUCAGGAGGACCACAUGGAUUAGGCGAUCCGGAUGAUAAAUUUUUGAGAAAAAUAGAAUCAGAUGUGCUUAUUCAAGAGAAAAUUAGAUACCUUUCUAGGAAAGAAAAGUGCGCAGAUGUAUCGAUAGAAUUUGGCAAAUGCAGCAAGGAUGCUGGAUUACUAAUGCCUUGGAAGUGCAGAGAAGAAAAUUCUAAACUUCAAGAAUGUCUAAAAUAUUGGUUUAAUAAUCAGGAAUUUAGAGAUUACUGUACAGAGCAAUAUUUAAGUGAGCGAAGUGAAUAUCGAAGAACAGGAAUUCCCCCAAAGAAACUUGAUCGAAAAACAAAAGUUUGGAUAGAUAAUCCUGAAACUCAAACUCAACAGUAAUUUCUAAUUUAAAUAAUUAAUAUUAAAUAUUUAAAAUUUUUAAUAAUGUAUAUAAAAGCGUGUAAAUAAAAGUACAGAAAUAGACACAAAUUCUAUCAAAAUAUAUAAAUAUA